AUGGAGCGACCAAAGAAUAUCGUCAUCAUCGGUGCUGGGUACGUAGCUUCCCCCCUUCGCAUGAACUGGAUUGCCUUUAUUGAUCAAUCCUUCCUCCUUAGUAUCGGUGGGCUGGCAUUCGCGAUCAAGCUCAAGCAACGGUUGCCUCACGCCCAGUUCACGAUUUACGAAAAGGCCUCUGAAGUUGGCGGGACGUGGCGGGACAAUAUAUACCCUGGGGCAGCGUCGGACAUCGGGAUUCAUUUUUACUCGCUCUCUUCUGAUCUGAAGUCAGAUUGGAGCUUCACCCAGGCCGACCAGGCCGAGAUCCUAGCCUACUGGAUCGACUUAGCCCACAAGUACCACUUAUACCCUCACAUCAUCUUCAACACGCGCGUCAUCGGCGCGCGAUGGGACUCCGACGCGCAAUGCUACCACAUUGACGCAGAGAACGUCAAUACCAGUGAGAGAAUUCCGACCAGUGCUGAAAUUCUGGUGUCGGCGAAUGGAAUUCUCGAAAUACCACAUAUACCGAAGAUUGCGGGGUUGGGGAUGUUCAAGGGGGAUUUGUUCCAUUCAGCGCGGUGGAAGGAUGUCCCUCUGAAAGGGAGGAAGGUAGGCGUUAUCGGGAACGGGUCGUCUGCCAUGCAGUUCAUGCCACACAUAGCUGAGCAACCGGACGUCGAAGUCACUCAGUUUUGCCGCACGCCUAAGUGGAUACUGCCUCCGGUCCGCCAGCCAUAUUCGACUCGAUGGAAGUGGUGUUUGGCUCAUGUGCCGCUGCUUCUGCAACUCUAUAGAUUUGUGUGGUUCAUGAAGUCAGGAGGGCUGUAUAUGAUAUUCUCUAAUGCCUUGUUUCGGUGGCUUGUUACAAAGCGGACUACGCAAUAUAUGCUUUCCGAGGCGCCCGAACGGUAUCAUGACCGCAUGAUUCCUAAGUUCCCCGUGGGAUGCAAGCGCCUUCUCUUCGACAACUUCGGGUAUCUGGAGUCUUUACACAAGCCAAAUGUUCGACUAGUCUACGACGGACUCACAGAGAUUGUAGAGGACGGUGUAUUGAUGAAAGGCGGCCAGAAGAUUGAUUUGGACGUCAUCAUACUGGCCACAGGCUUCGUUGCCGACGAAUAUGCGAUUCCUAUUCGUGGGCUGAACGGCCAGACGAUUCAAGAGUACUACGACACAUACGGAGCUCCGAGAGCAUAUCUUGGAACAACCUUGCCUGGCUUUCCGAACUUUUACAUGCUCUCUGGACCGAACACGGCCACGGGGCAUUCGUCAGUGCUCUACUCAGAAGAAUUGCAGACCGAUUAUUGCCUUGCAUUGAUUGCUCCUGUUCUCGCCAACAAAGCCAAAUCGUUUGAAGUCACUCCAGAAGCAACAGACUCCUACAACGAGAGAAUUCAAGCACGACUCUCUCGUUCAGUUUUCGUACACUGCAAUUCCUGGUACCGCAAAGGCGGCGACGGGAUAAUCAGCAGCAUCUUCCCAGGUUCCCAGACCCGGUUCUGGUGGUGGCUGCGAGCCCCUGUAUGGUGUCAUUACCGAGUUGUCACACCCAAGUCACACGUACACGACUCGUACGUGAUCGGGGGAGAUGUUUGGAAACAGCAGCAGAAACAAGGGCAGCGGUUCGGUACGACCGUCGGUGUGAUCAUGUAUGGUGGCGCUCUUGUCCUGGGAUUGGGAUUAGCCCUCGCCGGGUUCUACUUACCCGGAGGCUUGUAA